ACAACAGCAUCAUGGCGCUCACCACGAGCACUAACAACCAAGCCUUGCUUGACGCUCAGCUAGAGCUCUGGCACACGUCCUUUGCUUUCAUCAAGUCCAUGGCUCUCAAGUCUGCAGUGGACCUUGGCAUCGCCGACGCCAUCCACAGCCACGGUGGCAACGCCACCCUGCCCCAGAUAGUUUCCAGGGCCGCGCUCCACCCGUCCAAGAUCCCCUGCCUGCGUCGCCUCAUGCGGGUGCUCACAGCCGCCGGCAUCUUCAGCGCCGCCCACCGCUCGCCGGACGACGGCGGCGGCGAGCUCGUCUAUGGACUCACACCGGCGUCUCAGCUCUUGGUUGGCGGCUCUUCAAGCCUGGCUCCCUUCAUGUCCCUGGUGUUACACCAGGUCUACGUGUCGCCUUUCCUUGGCCUCGGCACAUGGUUACAGCACGAGCGCUCAGACCCGACCCUGUUUGAGAUGACGCAUGGGCUCACUGCCUGGGACCUGAAUGACCACAAGCCAGCUUUCGGCGAGCUCUUCAACCAAGGUAUGGUCUGCGACAGCAGCUUCGUCAUGGACAUCGUCGUCAAGGAGUGCGGCGACGUCUUCCGGGGUCUAAGCUCCCUUGUCGACGUCGCCGGAGGGCUUGGCGCGGCGGCACUGGCUAUCUCGACCGCGUUCCCGCAUGUCCAGUGCAGUGUCCUGGAUCUCCCGCAUGUCGCCGCCAAUGCUCCCGCUAACACCAGUGUCAAGUAUAUUGCUGGCGACAUGUUUGAGAGCAUUCCACCGGCAGACGCCGUCUUCCUUAAGUGGGUUUUGCAUGACUGGGGCGAUGCUGAUUGUAUCAAGAUACUCAAGAACUGUAAGAAAGCUAUACCUUCCAGGGAUGCAGGAGGAAAGGUGAUAAUCGUUGAUAUGGUUGUUGGAGGCCAGUCGUCAAACAUUAAGCACAAAGAGACUCAGGUCUUGUUUGAUCUCUUCAUCAUGACGAUCAAUGGCGCCGAGCGAGACGAACAUGAGUGGAAAAAGAUAAUUUCCGAAGCUGGAUUUAGCGACUACAAAAUCAUACCCGUUCUAGGUGUUCGAUCCAUCAUCGAGGUCUACCCAUGAUUAUUUGGCGAAUACGUGUUUCGUUUUUUUCUGAAUAAGUUGUUUGGUUAACUAGCAUGGGACGAGUGUCCAUGAGAUCAUGUGUGAUGAAAACUAUGUUUGUGGUGAAGUAAGCACUUUGCAAUG